AUGGAGAAGAGGACAGUCUUAUUUGGAUUGCAGCAAAAAUCUGGAGAGUACAAGGAUAUGUUACAAUGGCAGGCAGUGAGGAGUGUGAAGCUUAUUGAUUUCCUAUUGGCAUGGCCCACUCACAACAGGAAAUCUAAAUGGGGAGACAAUUGGAUUGUCAGACCAUCCAUGCUAGUGUGGCAUGUAUGGAGGGAAAUGAAUAGAAGAACUUUUUCCAAGGAGACGGUGGGAAUAGAAGAAGUAAUCAGUAAGUUGAAGGACGAGAUUCAAGAAGUAGUCAAUGUCAAUAUGAAGAUAAAGAAGAUUAGGAUGUUAACUAAUUGGGAUAAAGAGAUGGAGAAAAGAUGGGUAUUGGAAGAUGUGAGUGGAGGCAUCAUAGCGGACAAGAGGAAAAAAAGAAGUGAAGUAGUUUGGGAGUGCCCUCCUCUUAGUUGGGUAAAAUUAAACUUUGAUGGGGCCAGUAAAGGUAACUCGGGCAGAGCAAGAUAUGGAGCGAUUGUUAGGGAUGACAGAGGCGAUCUGCUUUGGUGUGUUUCAGGUUUCCUUGGCAUAGCAUCCAACAAUGAGGCAGAUUUAAAAGGAUUAGAAGUAGGUCUGACAUCAUGUGUGGAUAAAGGUUUCAAAAAGGUGGUCAUCAAAGGGGAUUCAUAG